GGACGUAUUUUGGACGUUGCGUACUUUGGACGCUGCGGUUUUGGAUGUUGCGUACUUUGGGUGCUGCGGUUUUGGACGCUUUGAUACGGACCCUCUACAGAACACUCAGUUCAGUGGUAUGCAAUUGCGGACUCCUUGCACCGAGGCACAUACUAUACUGUCACCUGCUGGCAGUCCCGCGAACCACUGGUUUCAGUAUCGGCCACUACGCUGGGAAAUGCACCCAUGUUCCUAUUAUUGAUCCCGGCUCCCACACGGCACGCUAGGUGAGCGGUUAGGCCCCCUCCCUCCCUCCAGUCCCCUGGGACGAUGGAUUAUUUUCCAGCGGCGGGAGUGUGGCGGUGGCCGCUGUCCGACGUCCCUGUGGAGGUGCUCCCUAGUGAAGAGAAGACGGAACUGGACCACAUCUGCCGAUGGCCCGUCUUGAGACUUAGCCGGCUCCGAUGACGAGCACCGCUGAGGGGGAGGCGGGCCGGCCGGUGAAGCUCGGUAUCCGGCUAUCUCCGCCCUGUCUGCUGCUGGUGUACCGACCGGCGCGGAGCGGUGCCGCCCUGCGGCUCCGCAAAAUGCCCGUCAAAAGUCUGACGGCCACGAGCAACUGCGCGCGCGUGGCCCAGGAGCUGCGCGAGCGGCACCGGCCGCACCUGGACGCCGUGCCGCAGAACAAGCUGCUCAAGAUGCUACGCGUCCUGCAGGAGGGUCUGUCCGGAGGACGCGUUGAGGACAUCCUGCCGCGGGUGGAGCUCGAGUUCCGGGUCGACCCUGACGAGGACCUGAACCAGCUGUCCACGGAGCUGCUGGACCGCAAGAAGGCCGCUAUGGACGAACGCUUUAACCGGCAGGUGGUGCGUCCCGACCAGCCCGACUUUGUCUAUGACGUACGCCAGGACUUUGAUGGACCCAAGCAGCACAGCGGCUGGGAUGAUGACGGUGAUGACUGGUGAAGGGAUGAGUGGCGGAUUGAGUGCGUGGUGUGUUGGGUGGGACGUUAUAAACUGAGUGACGUACCGAGGUUUUAGACCUAGGACCAUUAGCGUUCAGCUGGGUGUUUUUUGAUGUGGCGCCGAGAGAGGUUGCAGAAUGCCGAUGUUUUGUCGAUGCAUUUUGGCUAAAUAUAUAUAAUUGCAUAUUGCAAAAGUGAACCGA